GGAUUGACUAUUGGACUCAUGUCUUUAGACGAAACCAAUCUUUCUAUUCUAAAGAUUUCCGGUACUCAACAGGAAAAGGCUUAUGCUGCUCGCAUUGAGCCUAUUCGUAAAAAUUCUCAUUUAUUACUCGUCACUUUACUCCUGACCAACACUAUUGUCAAUGAGACUCUUCCCAUUAUGUUCGACUCCAUUCAUUUACAGGGAUGGCAGGCUGUAUUGUCCUCGACUGUCUUGAUUGUCAUUUUUGGAGAAAUCAUUCCACAGGCUGUUUGUGCAAGAUAUGGACUUUUAAUCGGUGCAUUUUUUGCAUGGCCUGUACGUAUUCUUAUCAACGUUGCAUGGAUCGUUGCAUACCCAAUUUCAAGAUUGCUAGACUUGGUGCUGGGUCAUAAGAAUGGUGUUGUGUAUCGUCACGCUGAACUCAAAGAACUUGUAGCCAUGCAUGGAGAAGAUCAAUCUGGACCACUUACCAGAGAUGAAGUCUCGGUAUUGCGAGCCGUGCUUGAGCUGCGUGACAAGUCUGUAAAAGAUGUCAUGACUUUACUUGGCGAUGUCUUUAUGCUGCCACUCUCUGCAAAAUUGAAUCUAAAAACCAUGCAAACCAUUAUUCAAGCUGGACAUUCUCGCGUCCCGGUGUAUGACACAGAAAAUCAGCAUACCGUUAUUGGCGUAGUUCUUGUCAAGCAACUUAUUGUAUUUGAUCCUGACGAAGAAAUCCCUGUCAGGUCGAUAAAAAUUCGAUCUCUUCCUCGUGUUCUUGCUGAAACACCAUUGUUUGAUAUGCUGCAUAUUUUUGAAUCGGGUGGUUCUCACAUGGCUCUUGUUGUGGAAGAAGUUUGCACUGGUGACGACUCUUGUGUGGAUAAAUGCGUAGAUGAUUCCUGCACUGAUGAAACCAAGCCACUUUUAGAUCAUAUGAGCGAGGAAGUGGGCAGUGGAAGCACCCAUACUACACCCGUCUCAAAACCAAAAGAAUUUCGUGCACUUGGCAUUGUCACUCUGGAAGAUGUAAUUGAAGAAUUGCUUGGUGAAGAGGUAAAGUAUUUAUUUUUUGAUGACCAUAUUGCGACUGAUCCUGCAUUGAUGUUUGUAGCUAAUUAUAUAAAUGAUUGUACAGAUUAUUGA